GAAUGACGUAAUUUCCGCGGAAGGUGCGGUGUAGGUGGCCGAGGUGGAGGAUGGCUGCUCUUUCGGCGUCGCCGAGAAAACAUUUCUUGGAUUUGCCUUGGGAAGACAUCAUAUUCCCUCAUAUUCUUUCACAUCUUCCUCUGAGACAGCUCUUGAGCCUGCAAAGAGUCAGCAAGUGUUUCCGGAAUCUAAUCCAGCUUUACCUUACCAACAUGCGCUGUUUUGAUUCUAGUCAGGUUGGAUCUCAUAUCCCGAAAGAUGCAUUCUGUGUCUUGUUAAGAGACAAUAAAGUGUUGCAGCAGCUAGCCUUGCAAAACUGCUCUGACUGGUUAUCUGACAAGGAGCUGCUUCCUGUGAUUGGUCAAAACCAUCAGUUGCAACAGAUUGAAUUGAAUGGCUGCAUACAGCUGAGCCGCCAUGCUUUGGUGGCCAUUUCUUUGGGCUGCCCCAAUUUACGGCAACUUUCUUUGGCCCAUUGUGAAUGGGUGGAUGGACUUUCCUUGCGGAGCCUUGCUGAUCACUGUAAAGAGCUCGAAUCUCUAGACCUUACGGCCUGCCGGCAGCUAAAAGACGAAGCCAUUUCCUAUCUUGCUCAAAGAUGCAACAAAUUAAAAUCACUUUCGCUGGCUGUUAAUGCAAAUGUUGGUGAUGCGGCUGUAGAAGAAAUUGCCAAAGCCUGUUCUGAUCUGGAGCAUUUGGACCUCACCGGCUGCCUGCGAGUUAAGAACAACUCAAUUAGGACCUUGGCAGAGUACUGCCCUAAGCUUCGUACCUUGAAGGUGAAGCAUUGUCAUGACGUUGUGGAAUCCAGCCUGAGCGUAUUGCGUAGCCGUGGAGUGGAGUUGGAUGUUGAACCUCCAUUUCAACAUGCCCUGGUUCUCUUACAGGAUGUCGUGGGCUUUGCCCCAUUUAUUAAUCUUCAGAUCUAAUGUAAAGAAGAUGCUGGGUAAUCUCUGGGUAAUCCCACAAAGUUUAAAAGUCACCUUUUUCAUUAUGAACUGGGCCUAUUUGAGUUAGUAAUUCCUCAUGUGAAAAUUUAUGUUGAAAAAACAAACAGUUAUGCAUUCGCAUGAAAAGUAUGAUUUCCAGCUUCCACUAUUGUUGCUUCUCAUUAAUUGCUCUGCCUGUCUAUCAUUUAAGAUAUUCUAGAGAUUGAUUUGAACUGUAAAGUAGCUCCAAGCUACGGCAUUGUUGAAUCUGUUAUCCAGUGACUUUUUCAUAUGGAACUUGACAAAUCAGUGUGGAAAUACUGUGGGAAAAUUAAAAAGCUCCUUGGAGGCCAAGAGAUGGACAACACUAUAAUCUUUGUGUUGUUUUGAACGGAAUGCUUGAGAAAUACUGCAUCUAUUUAGAAUUGCUAUUUUUUAGUUUUGUAGUUGUUUUUAGGGUUAAAGGAAGGACACUUUUAAAUCAAGCCUGAUGUCUUGGUGAUUGUGUGGACACAGCCAUGCAGUUUUAGCACAUAAGUGUUGAGGUAGAUUGCCAUUGCCUUUUGGGACAUUUUGACUUUCUAGUCAUAUCUAUAGUCCUAAUAUUCCCUGGGGAUCCAAGUAUUAAUCAGACUCAAUUCUGUAUAGUAGAACUGUGCUAAUUGAACUGUUCCUCACUCACAACAUGUUGUUCCAACCUUGUCUUGAAUGAGAAAUACCUAAUCUGAGUAAUUUGGAAGUGUUUCAAGCUCAAAACAGUUGCGUUCCAUGUAUGAGUCUGUUGUGUCAAGACUGUUCAGUUCAAAAUGUUCUCUAUAUCCUUGCUAAUUUCUGAGCCUGGUCAGAAUUACAAAACGGAUGGAUUAUGAUAUUGACAUCCGCAAAAUUGUCUCCUUUGAAAGGCAAAGAUGGUAAUUAUGUGCAUAGAAGAAAUUACUAUAACCAGGGGUGGGAU